AUCCUUUUUGAGCAUUCUCCCCGCAGCGGCCCAUUUCAACUUCCCUUUCUCCUCCAUCUCUUGCAGAUUGCAGGAAGUCGAUUCACCUCCCAGCUCCCCGGACACGUAACACCGUAACACACUAUGAGUGCACGCGACUUGGUUGAGGGGGAGGCGAUGAUCGAUGACGAUGAGAAUGACGAGGAGUUGGCCGACGACUAUGACGGCGAUGUCCGAGAGGGUGCUGGCACCAACAACAAUCAAUACGACUCCAGUGAAGAAGAGGAGGAGGAUGAUGAUGAUGAAGAGGCUGCCCGUGCAGUUCGUGAAGGAUUCAUUGUCGAUGAGGAUGAAGAAUUAGAAGAGCGCGCCGAGCGCCGGCGGGAGAAGAGGAAACAAAGGGAUCGUGAGCGCGAGGAUGAACAUUUGGAUGAAGAAGAUCUAGAGCUCAUCGGUGAACUACCUCCGAGGUUCCAGUCUUCAUCCGCAGCAGAGCCCAAAUUUAAGCGUCUUAAGCGUGGACACAAAGAUCGCGAUCUACGACAACCAUCCCAGGGCAUCGACGAUAUCUUUAAUUCCGAUGAGGAUGAGGAGCCGGCCGGCGACUACGGACGAUCCGGCCACCGGAGGCCCAUGCACGACGAGAUGGACGAUUUUAUCGAAGAGGAUGUCUUCUCUGACGAGGAAGUCCAGCGUGAACGCGAGGACUAUGAGGUUGCCCGCACAUCCAAGGGUGGUCUGGGGGUCACAGAUGCGACUGGUCUGGAUGAGAAUGCGCUCGAUGAUAUGCGCGCCGCCUUCGGAGACGGCAAUGAGUACCUGUUUGCUCUCGAGAUGGAGGAGCAAGAAGAAGAACAGGAAGAGGACGAGGAAAAGCAUUUGGAUCUCAAGGAUGUUUUCGAACCAUCGCAGCUGGCCGAGAAGAUGUUGACUGAGGAGGAUAACCAGAUCCGGUUAUUGGAUGAGCCUGAACGCCACCAAAUUGCCCGCAAGCCUUAUCGCAAUGUUGUCUUGACCGAGGAUCAGUUCCGCGAGGAGGCAGCCUGGAUCUCGAACCUGAUGCUUCUUAAGAAGCGCAUCGAGCCCGAGCUGCGUGAGCCCUUUCAACGGUCGGUCGCCAAGGUGCUCGAAUUCCUUGUGACGGAUGACUGGGAAGUUCCCUUCAUCUUCCAACAUCGCAAAGACUACAUGAUCCACGCUGUGAAAGUUCCCGUCGAUGGGGCAGGCCUCGACGCCGAUUCCUCGCAAUACACCACUAAGGCUGAGAAGCUCCUGAACAUGACCGACCUCUGGGAGAUCUUCGAUAAUGACCUCAAGUUCAAAGCUUUGGUGGAGAAACGUACAACCAUUCAAAAGACCUAUGAUAACUUACAGAGUCUGUUCAACAUCAACGAUGAGAUCGUGUUCGAGAUGCUAUCGACCGCCACUAGCAUGGAAGAGUUACAGGAUGUUCAGGACUACCUCCACUUUCAGUACGCGUCCCAUCUGCGCGAUUUGACCCUUGCCAAUGGAGACAACACCGGGGAGACCCAUCGCCGGAAAGCAACCAGCAAGACAUUCUUUGAGCGCGUCCGGAACGGUAAGGCGUACGGCCUCGUCCGCGCAUUCGGCAUUACGGCCGAUGCCUUCGCCCAGAAUGCCCUCAAGGAAGGCCGGCGGCAAUACACCGAGGAUCCCGCCGAACGCCCGGAAGAGCUGGCAGAUUCCUUUGUGGAUAACGACUUCUCGAACUCCUCCCAUGUGGUCAAGGCCGCCAAGACCAUGUUCGCCGAGGAGAUUGUCAUGAGUCCAAAGAUGCGCAAGGUAGUCAGGCAGGCGUAUUAUAUGAGUGGUGUAGUGGACUGCUUCCGGACAGAGAAGGGCCUGCGGCGCAUUGAUGAGCAGCAUCCUUACUACGAAUUCAAAUAUCUCCGAAACCAACAACUGAGCGACAUUGCCCGCCGGCCGGAGAUGUACCUGCGCAUGCUCAAGGCCGAAGAAGAGGGUCUGGUCGAUGUCAAGGUUCGCUUUGAGAACUUUGACCACUUCCGGCAACGUCUAUACGCAGACAUUGAAUCCGAUAAUUACAGCGAGCUGGCGGACGUAUGGAACCGGACUCGACGCGACGUCUUAGAUCUAGCGCUGGGCAAGUUGGAGCGUUUAAUUAAUCGCAGUGUGAAGGAGAACCUCCGUCAAGAGUGCGAGAACUCUGUGGCCAAGGAGUGCCGUGAAACCUUCUCAUAUCGGCUGGACCAGGCUCCUUACAAGCCCAAGGGAAUGGUUCUGGGCACCGUGCCCCGCGUGCUGACCCUAUCUACCGGCUCCGGUGUGGUGGGACGGGAGCCCAUUCACUGGGCCUACGUCGAAGAAGACGGUCGGGUGCUGGAGAACGGAAAGUUCGUGGAUCUUUCGGUUGGAGACCGUGAGCGCAGUGUAGCCGAUGGCAAAGAUGUUGAAGCCUUUAUCAGCCUGGUCAGUCGUCGCCGUCCGGAUGUCAUUGGUGUCUCCGGCAACACACCGGAAACGCGCCGCCUGUACAAGCUGUUGACCGAGCUGGUGGACAAGCGCAAUCUUUGUGGCGCACCUUACACUGAUGACCGGGACGAGACAGCCACUGACCCCUUGGAAGUGGUUAUUGUCAACGACGAAGUGGCCCGUCUCUAUCAACACAGUGAGCGCGCGAAGAAGGAUCACCCCAGCUUCGGUCCCCUGACCCAUUACUGCGUCGCUCUGGCCAAGUAUCUGCAAAGUCCGCUCAAGGAAUACGCCUCGCUCGGCCGUGACAUUGUGUCAAUCCAGUUCAAGCCUGGCCAGCAGCUGAUCUCGCAAGACUUGCUGUUGAAGCAGUUGGAGACGGCACUGGUCGAUAUGGUCAACCUGGUGGGCGUUGACCUCAACGAAGCGGUGACGGAUCCGGCAGCAGCUAAUUUGCUGCCCUACGUCUGUGGCUUGGGUCCGCGCAAGGCCGCCCAUUUGUUGAAAAUCGUAAACAUGAACGGCGGCGUGGUGAACAACCGGGUCGAACUGUUGGGCGUGAAUGCGCAGUAUCCAGCCAUGGGCGUCAAGGUUUGGAACAACUGCGCCAGUUUCCUGUACAUCGACUUUGAGAAUGCCGAUCCCGAUGCCGAUCCCCUUGAUAACACUCGUGUGCAUCCGGAAGAUUAUGACAUUGCACGCAAGAUGGCGGCCGAUGCAUUGGAGCUGGACGAGGAAGACAUCAAGGCAGAAACCGACGAGAACGGGCCCGGAGCGAUCGUGCGCAAGCUCUUCCGAGAGGAAGCGCAGGAUCGUGUGAACGACCUGAUCCUGGAGGAAUAUGCGGAGCAGUUAGAAAAGAACUUGAAUCAGCGCAAGCGGGCGACGCUCGAAACGAUUCGCGCCGAGUUACAGCAACCGUACGAAGAAUUGCGGAAACAAUACGUCUUCCUCAGCACUGAUGAUAUUUUUACCAUGCUGACGGGCGAGACAACCGAGACGCUUGCAGAGGGGAUGGUGGUGCCUAUCUCGAUCAAGCGGGUGACCGAUGACCACAUUGACGGCAAGCUGGACUGCGGUAUCGAUGCGCUGGUGCCGGAAUCGGAGCUGACUGAUCGCUACGACAUUCCUGUGCGAGCCCUGUAUCAGCCGCAUCAAACAGUGUCGGCGAAGAUCUUGUUCCUGAACCGAAAGACAUUCUCGUGUAAUGUGUCGCUGCGCGAGGAACAGGUCAGCCGGCCGUCCCAUCGGACACCGGGCGAUCGGCUGCAGGGCGAAUGGGACGAUCGACAAGAGCAUGAGGACCGAGAGGCUAUGCAGGAGACGACUCAGAGUGGCGGCCGAACGAUGCGUGUCAUCAAGCAUCCGUUGUUCCGGCCGUUCAACUCGACGCAGGCUGAGGAGUUCUUGGGAUCUCAGGGCCGAGGUGACGUGGUUAUUCGGCCCUCGUCCAAAGGUCCAGACCAUCUGGCCGUUACAUGGAAGGUGGCGGAUGGUGUUUUCCAGCACAUCGAUGUUCUCGAGCUGGAUAAGGAGAACGAGUUCUCAGUGGGCCGAACGUUGAAGGUGGGCGGUCGCUACACGUACAGUGAUCUGGACGACUUGAUCUUCAACCAUGUCAAGGCAAUGGCCAAGAAGGUGGACGAGAUGAUGCUGCAUGAAAAAUAUCAGGACGGCACCCGGGAUGCCACUUACUCCUGGCUGGAGACUUACACGAAGGCCAAUCCGCGCCGGUCGGCCUACGCGUUCUGUCUAGACCCCAAGCAUGCAGGCUACUUCUUCCUGUGCUUCAAGGCGGGGGAGAAUGCUUCGACGCACAGCUGGCCAGUCAAGGUGAUCCCUCAGGGAUAUGAGUUGCAGCGCAACCCUUAUCCCGACAUGCGGGCAUUGUGCAAUGGCUUCAAGCUGCUGUUUACCAACAUGCAGGCGGGCAGGCGUCGUUAAGGAGAGGAACUUCUCUUGUGUAUACUUGUGUAAUAUUUGGGUUGGUAACUGCUUGGAAGGAAGGAAAUUAGGGAGGAUGGAUUGUCGCUUCUUCUUCUUCUUCUUCUUCUUCUUCUUCUUCUUCUUCAUCUCCCUCUUCGUCUUCACACGUUUCUAUUCUGAUUCUCCCAUUCUCGUGUAAUUCAUUCCGGUUUUCAUUGGCAUUGAUCCCAUUUUGUCGUAUGAA